UGUGCUAUAAAAGACUAGCAUAGAGCCUGAGCUUGUCUCUGCAUUACCCUGCACCAUGAAGCCUACCGUUUUGCUGCUGCUGCUUGUUGCACACGCUGCCCACGGGGCAGUGGUGCCCCGCGCACUCUGGCAGUUUGGGAUGAUGAUCCAGUGCGCCCAGCCCGGGGUCAACCCCUUCAUUUACAACAACUACGGCUGCUGGUGCGGGCUCGGGGGAUCCGGGGCCCCCAAGGACGAGCUCGACAGCUGUUGCAAGGUCCAUGACCUGUGCUACAGGGCCAGCAGGAAACUCCCUGAGUGCCGUCCCAUUGUCGAUGUUCCCUACAUCAAAGUGUACGACUUCACCUGCUCAAACACCGAGGUCACCUGCUCAGUCUCGAACGACGUGUGCCAGGCCGCUGUGUGCGAGUGCGACCGCGUCGCUGCCCACUGCUUCGCCCAGCAACCCUACCACCCCGAGAACAAGAACCUGGACCCGGACGUCCACUGUGUGGAAUGAGACCUCACUAACACGCAAACCAAAAACCCCUCACGGCUACAGAAGAGAAACACACAAGCAGAUACACCCUGCAUAAAUGUGUUCAAACACCUUCUACUUUUCACUAAAAUAAAAACGAAAAGCAAAUACAAACAGCCUUUAGUUCCAGAGAAACCGG